GUUUGGUAGGUUUACAGUAGCUGCUCUCCAGUCCAAAGUAGAACAAAGUGAACGUGAAAUGAACCGCCUAAAAAAGGCACUGGAAAGAAGCGAUAAAUACAUAGAAGAAAUGGAGUGUCAGCUUUUACAGCUGAAAAACGCAGGCGAAGGAGCCCAGACAGCGAGUGCUGUUAGUGAGGGAGCGUUUUCCACAGAUGCUAAAGGAGCUGAGAGCGGUGAAGAUACGACGUGUUUGAAAACGCAGGUUGAGGAGAAAAAAGCUUUGACUACCAAUCAAAGUCCUGACAGUCUUGAGCAGCUGACAAGUGGUGGGUCUUGUUUAAGCUCUUCUAGUCAAGAUGAUUCAAAUGGCUCAAAUACCCAGUGUGCCCCAAAGAAAGAACUGUUUGCAGGCUGUCGCGGGGUUCUCCUGGAUGAAAAUACUACAAGUAUGGAUGCAUGCUUAGAAGAGCAGUGGAAUAAAAUUGAGGAAUGUACCCCAUAUAAGGAUGAAGAACUUUAUGAUCUUCCACCGCCGUGCACUCCUUUUCUAUCUCUCAGUCGCCUUCAGUUGAACACGCCUGACGGAAAAGAAACUGUGAGGAAACCAUCAGCAUUCCUGAGAAAACUGAAAUUUGAGGAGUUUUGUGACGCUUCAGAUGACUGCAGCAAAGAUUCUUCAGAACACAGCACAAGUAGCUGUAAUAGCGAAAAGAAACUAAACUGUUUUACUACAGGAAAACCAGGGUUUUGGGGGACCUGCCCAACAAAUUUUGCUGAGAACUUAGAUUUUGGUGAAUCGGAGCAAAAUUCAGUAGCUGGUCAGUCAGAUGAGACGUCAGCAAAGUCCAGUGAUAAAACAAACGUUUGCUUACCCAAAAGGUUACAUACUCUCUGCUCUUCUGAAAUGAAUCGCACAAGAACCUCCAGUGAGGCAUCUAUGGAUGCUGCCUACCUCGACAAAAUUUCCGAGUUGGACUCGAUGAUGUCCGAAUCGGACAACAGCAAGAGCCCGUGCUAUAAUUUCAAGUCCUCCGAUCUUGAUAACUCUUCCAAGCCAACAGGGUGCCCUAAGCUUCUGAAUGACCCUGAGAAGAAACUGGAAGAGAUGAAUGAGGAACAGAGUAUGAAGUGUCCAGAGACAAGCGAGCUAGCCGCUGACAGAACUGGCUGGAAACCUGCGAUGUUUUCCAUCCUGUCCCCAUCCGAGCUAAAUAUGAAUGACCACUUUCCCCUGUUUACAGGCCAAAAUGUAGUGGGUAGCGAUAGCAAACCCCCAAACUGUUUAUUUCAAAGAGACUUUUCGCAGAGUUUGUUAUUCAGUAACUCACAAAGGUUGUUUGAGGAACAAAAGUUCGGUUCCUGCUUUUUAAAGACGUCAUCUGACCCGCACAAUCAGAUCAAUCCUCCUUGGGUGUCUUCCUUCGUAGCUGAAAAGAAGAAUAAAAAUGUCGGUCAGUCGACCAAGAGGAAAAUUCAGAGCAGCCUUUCCAGUGCUAGUCCGUCGAAAACCACCAAAAACUGA